GCUGCUGUGCGCCCCGUCCAGAGUAUCCGAGGUGCGGGAUACAGCGUCCUCCGCAGCGCAUCUGCCCGAAAUUCCCGCCGCCCUGACUUUGCCUUCCAGUCCCGGCUUCUGGUGGGCAACAUGUCAAGAGCCGUCGCCGCUGCAGGUACCGCCGCCACCCGGGAAAGAGCCGCAGCCUCGGCAGCCGCGCGCACACGAGGGCAAUAAACCGAAUUCUUCGGGCACAGAGCGGCAGGGGACCCUCCUGGUGUUCUCUGCUCCGGCAGGACUCGCGCCAUGUGCUGAGCCAUGCCCCUGGCCGCGCCCGCCGGCCGCGCAUGGGGCAGCGCCUGAGCGGCGGCCGGUCCUGCCUCGAUGUCCCGGGCCGGUUCCUGCCGCAACCGCCGCCGCCCCCGCCGCCGGUGAGGAGGAAGCUCGCGCUGCUCUUCGCCAUGCUUUGCAUCUGGCUCUACAUGUUCCUAUACUCGUGCGCCGGCUCUUGCACCGCCGCGCCCGGCCUGCUGCUUCUGGGCUCGGGAUCCCGCGCUGAUCACGCUCAGCCAGCCCUGGUUACAGCUCCGAAUGAGACAUUCCCUAAGAUGCCUUUCCGGGCGUCGCUGGCUGCAGGCAAGGAUAAGACAGUAGUCGCCGGGAGUCAAGAGGAGCAGAGUCCGGAGGCACCGGACUCUCCCAGUCCCAUCUCCAGCUUCUUCAGCGGCUCCGGGAGCAAGCAGCUGCCGCAGGCCAUCAUCAUCGGCGUGAAGAAGGGCGGCACGAGGGCGCUGCUGGAGUUCCUGCGCGUGCACCCCGACGUGCGCGCUGUGGGUGCCGAGCCUCACUUCUUCGACCGCAGCUACCAUAAGGGCCUCGCCUGGUACCGGGACCUGAUGCCCAGAACCCUGGAGGGACAGAUCACCAUGGAGAAGACGCCCAGCUACUUCGUGACCCGGGAGGCACCAGCACGCAUCUCGGCCAUGUCCAAGGACACCAAGCUCAUCGUGGUGGUGCGCGACCCGGUGACCAGGGCCAUCUCGGACUACACGCAGACGCUGUCCAAGCGGCCGGACAUCCCCAGCUUUGAGAGCCUGACUUUCCGCAACCGCAGCGCGGGCCUCAUCGACACGUCCUGGAGCGCCAUCCAGAUCGGCCUGUAUGCCAAGCACCUGGAGCCCUGGCUGCGCCACUUCCCGCUGGGCCAGAUGCUCUUCGUGAGCGGGGAGCGGCUGGUCAGUGACCCAGCUGGGGAGCUGCGCCGCGUGCAGGAUUUCCUGGGCCUCAAGCGCAUCAUCACCGACAAGCACUUCUACUUCAACCAGACCAAGGGCUUCCCGUGCCUCAAGAAGGCGGAGGGUAGUGGCAAGCCGCACUGCCUGGGCAAGACCAAGGGUCGUGCGCACCCCGCCAUUGCGCGCGAGGUGCUGCGGCAGCUGCGUGACUUUUAUAGGCCCUUCAACCGCAAGUUCUACCAGAUGACAGGCCGCGACUUUGGCUGGGACUGAGUCUCCCCUCGGGGCUUAUCUAUUGAGAGAGAUUAUAUGUAUGUAAAAUGUACAGAAAUCUAUUUUAUAAUAAUUUAUUUUUAAUUCACAAGCAAUUAAUUCACUAAGCUGCCUAGCCACACUCUGCAGAGUUCGAGUCACGGUCUGUUAACAUUCCAAAGUGUUUAUCUCCUACGUUUUGUUCAGUCCCUCACAAUCAAUGGUGCUUCCUCCCCUCCCCAUUGUAUUUAAGAAGAAGAAAAGCACAACUUGAGAUUUUUUUCGAUACGGGUAUUCAGCCUUUAAUCACCUUGGGUCCUCCACGGGCUCUCUCCCUGGGUCUUGGCUGCUUCAGCUGGUUGUAAUGUUUUCUUACCUGGGUACCUCCUGGAAGUACUGAGUUG